UAGGCUGCUACUGCCAUGACUGCUACUUGUUAAGUGUAAGGUUCGUCCACUACGUACCACAACUACCGCACAAGAUUUGGUUUAGCCAGCCUAGUAAGUACAUGUAGUACACCCAUGUACCACGGCCGAAACCUCAAACCAUGGCCGCUAGUGUGAACAAGCUUCGUUUGUCUUCAGUCGCUGGAGGGACCUGGCUCCAAAUCUCACAUUCUCACACUCAGACUAUAGGUUGGAUACUGUUCGUUUGUAUCUUUCAUUCACAUGUAAGGCCUAUAAAAGCUUAUGAUUUUUACAGCAGUCAGUCUAGUAAUAACUGGACCACAGCAACUGUGAGUAUUACGUACAAGGACCCUAUUACGGGAAAUGAGACCACAGAGAAGCAGAACGACGCUGGACGAUUUAGCACGGGCCCUGCUAACCCGGCCAGAGGCGUGCUGGUGUAUCGUCAUGGAUCUUACUCCCAAGGAUGUGCACCGUACAGACCGAAGCUUUUACCCAUGAAACUCAAGAAAGGAGUGCAGUGGAUUGCACUCGUCAAGAGGGGAAAUUGUACGGACUCGGAAAAGAUAAAGUUGGCUGAAAAAUAUAAUGCAUCUGGUGUGGUUGUGUAUGAUGAUAAACCUGGCAAUGAACUGUAUACAAUUCAAAAUAAAGGAAACAUUCCAGCUGUGCUCAUUAGUGCUGAAAAUGGUCAACAUAUAGUGGCGCUACUUGAAAAUGGAACCACAGUCAUGCUUCAUUUUGAAGCUGGCAAAACAAUCAUCAAGAGUGUCCAAUUCAAGAAAUCCUCUGUUCUUUUUGUGUCUGUGGCAUUCAUUGUGUUGAUGAUCAUCUCGUUAGCGUGGCUGGUGUUUUAUUAUAUUCAACGCUUCCGAUAUGCACAGGCCAGAGACAGAACACAGAAACGGCUGAGUCGAGCGGCCAAGAAAGCUGUUGCAAAACUCCCAGCUAAACAUCUUAAAGAUGGAGAUAAGGAGCUGGUUGAUGGUGGAGCUUGCCCAGUUUGUUUAGAGAGUUACAAAACAUCAGAUUUAGUGCGGGUACUCCCAUGCAAGCAUUAUUACCACAAAAGUUGUGUUGAUCAGUGGUUAAUAGAGCACAGGACGUGCCCAAUGUGUAAGCUGAACAUUCUAAAGGCUCUUGGUUAUGGGAAUCAACUGACAAUGCGCGCCAGUGAAGAGGCACUUUAUGUCUUUGAAUUGGGACAGAUCAUAUUCAAUUCUAACUUGGAGAGAGACGAUUCACACAUCAGGACAUCAAGUCUACGGACAUCGCAUCUGAUGCGAUGGCCAUCAAACACACAACAGAGUGUGCGUGUCAUGGCUGUCACGGAGGAUGCACAGUCGGAAGGAAGUAGAUCAGAUGAAAGUAGAAAUGGUUCCUCAAGCUCGGAAGGUAUUCUACCUCCAGUCACAACAACAGUGGAGCUUCACAGAAAUUGCCCCAGUCCAACAUCCAGUGACACACCUUGUCUGGGCUCAACCUGUGUCUAGUUCCAUUACUAUUAAAAUCCCCUUUUUCCAAGGAGGGAAGACCUGGUGCAUUUUUUUAGUGAGCUUUGCCACUUACAUACUGACACAUUUGGAUGUAUUUAACUUUGACAGCUGUUAAGAAAACAUUGGAACUGCCAAUCAAUUGUUUGAAAAAAAGAACCAGUUUUUUUCUGUAUUUUGAUUAAGAUUAACUAAAGAUUGUUACAGGAAAUUUUCACUGGAAAAUAUUGUGUAGUUAUAAUAUAAUCAAUUUAAUGUUGUAUCUCUUUCACAUGCCUACCCAUUCAUGUAAAGCAAAUGUAUCUCAGCACACUACGUGGACAAUGCCGUAAGUUAUGAUUUGUGCAAAAAGUCAUUCACUGAAACACAUAUUUGUCAGGGAUAUGACAUAAACAUGCAUUGUCUUCAAGCCCAAUGAUCAGAAUUAGAAAAUAGUGCCAAAAAUUGAAUGAUAAAAAUCGAACUACGCAACAAAUAUGAAAAACAUUAAAAAUAAAAGAAACGUGAGAAAUACCAGAACAUUAAAUAUAAUAGUAUUUGCCUCUGAUUAAGACACUACUUGAAAUUUUUAGUAAUAGCUUUUGUGUCAAAAGAGGGAAAUGACAUGUACAUGUAUAUUCAAUCCCAGAUGAUUCAGGGUUACGAUAAUAAUUGGUUACUUUAUCAGACUUAUACCCUAUAUGCUAAAAAACAUGUGGCAUCGUGGUGCAUUAAUGGAAAAAAGUCAUCUCCCAAAUUACAAGUUUUGACUGGAAUAUGCAUAGCUCAUUGUUUUCAAGUUAAAACAUUAAAUUGGUAUGUUAAUCUCAUUUGUUUCAAAGUUCUUUUUUUCUAAAAAUGACAAAGACAGCGGAGCAAAGAUCAAAUGAAUUGUGGUUUUUUAAAUUAUCUGCCUAAAGUUGCAUUAUCCUGUAAUUUGAUUCAGCACAAAAUUUACUGUGCGCCCACAAACCUAUGUAUGCAUUUUUCCUGGAACUACUCAAAACUAAGAUACAUUUUUGCAUUGACAUUGUGUUCUAAAGUUGUUGUAACUAAUGAGAUCUGCUCAACAUUCAAUUCACUAACAUUUGACAGAAAAAAAUUCAGUUUUAGUGCUAAGCUGCUAGAUUUUAAUGUUUUGUUUAAAGAGCAUAAUUUUAAUUUUGCCAAGUUGCAGUGAUAAUGCAAUUAAUAACGGCUCUUUCAUUUUUUGGGCUUACAAAUGCCAUGAUUGGGACAGAUAGUGCCACGAAAUAGUGCACAGAGCUCUCUGAAGCCUGAAUGAUAACUGAUUUCCAUGGCAACUCAGUUGAAGUCAUAAAGGGUCCUUGGAAGAAUAAGAUUUUGCUAACUAUUCUUAGCACCUCUCAGCUUGAUGAAGAUCAGUUCAUUACGGUAUUGCGGCACACCUUUCUUAGAAAAAUGAUUAUGCCUUUAUUGGUAUUUUGAAAUGAGAUUAUAUCUCUUACCACUGUACAUCGCACAAUUCCUAGAAUUCGUUGUUUUAGAAUAUCUCAGAUUACUACUAUUUUACACUGCAUUAGUUUAAUGAAGUCCUUCAGAAUCUUUCUAAUUGAUGUGCUUUUCAUACAUGUAACAAGGAAAACUUAAACUUAAUGUUGAGUGAUUUCACCUAGCAAAUGAGUAAUGUACCUGUUAUGUCAUCAUCCCUGAAAACUCCUGCUAAGUAUAUUAGUGGUCUUCCACGUUGAAAAGUUUAUUGCUAAGAGGCUUAUAAUCGAUACAGAAGUUGAGAUGCUCCUUAGACACAUACUUUGCAUUAUAAAACUACACAUGACAAUUUCGUUUUAGAGGGACUGAGAAAACUGCUUAUUGACAAAUAUCUUAAGUCAUAUUUUCGUUUUUUUUCAUGCUCCGUAUUUUUUUACGUUAUUGCUUGUCUUUCAGUCUACUGUGAACUUGGAAGCAAAAACGUCCACUUCAAUCAGAGUCAGGAAAACCACAUCAGAACAUAAGAAAAUACAAACAGUAAUUUCUAUGAGCACUGUCGCUUAGAAAUUACACUUUACUGUUACAACCUUGUAGUCUUGUAGAAGUAACCGGACAACCUUACCUAAAUUAAAACUAAGCUUUCAUGUGUUACACUAUAAUUACCAAGAUAUCAUUUUGUCUAUCACGCCUUUCAAACAUUAAAGCACUAAUGCAGGCCUAUGUGAUAAAGCAAA